CCAGUCCCACUGCCCAGAUCCUGCCGUGCCGUGACCGAGGCAGGGGCAGGUGCUGUCGUGGGCCAGAUGUGGAGGGGCGCAGCCCGGACCCUAUGCAGGGUAUGGCAGGCCCCGGGGAGGCCCUGCAGCCGCGGCGACGAAGCCUCAGCGCCUCGGGGCGCCCCGAGCUGCUGGAGCUGCGGCGACCAGAGGACGCCCGCGGACGGAGAUCGGCUCUUCUGUCCGACCUGCCGCGCGCUGCAACCGCCGGACCCUAAGCCAGACUUCUUCCGCCUCAUGGAUUGUGGCCAGUCCUUCACAGUCGACAUCCCGAAUCUGAAGCGCCGGUAUCAGCAACUCCAGCGCCUGGUCCACCCUGAUAACUUCAGCCAGAAGUCACAGACUGAGAGGGACUUCUCAGAACAGCAUUCUGCACAGGUGAACGAGGCCUACAAGACCCUGCUGACCCCGCUGAGCCGCGGCUUAUAUCUGCUGAAGCUCCAGGGCAUGGAGAUCUCCGAAGGUACAGACAGCCACAUGGACCUGGACUUUCUUGGAGAAAUCAUGGAGAUCAGUGAGAAGCUCAAUGAAGCUCAAAGUGAGGCAGAAACCAACAAGAUUGAGGCCUUCAUUAGAGCUGAGGAGAAAGAAUUGACUGAAGAUUUGGGCAAAGCUUUCAAACAAGGUGAUCUUCAGAAAGCCAAGGACUUUUUAAAAAAACUGAGAUACAUUGUAAAUUUAGACGAAAAAAUAAAACUGAAGAAGACCUCAUCUUAACUGGAGAUGGAUGACAACUUUAUACUGUGUUUCCAUUAAAUUCUUGUAUAGAUCCUUUUCUUUA